ACUCGGGGCCUCGUAGGCAGCAUGGUGCCCGCCGGCGCCGGCGGCAUCGUCGGCGUCAUCGUCGCGGCUCUGGUGGCCGCGCUGCCCCACAGCGAAGCCUUCAACGUCCACCCGGCCCCACAUCGGGUCCUGACCCACAACGGCAGCCGAAGCUUCGGGCACCAAGUGCUGCAGCUCAAUGGGUCCAGGAUCAUGGUGGGAGCCCCGGCGGAGGUGGGGGAGGGGGGACGGUUGUUCCAGUGCCAGGUGGAGACUGGAAAGUGCCAGAAGGUGGAGAUGGAAGGAAACAGCACCCAGACCCACAUGGGAAUGGCCUUGGCCCGUGACGGUGACAUCACCAUCGCCUGCGGCCCCGGGCUGACCCGCGAGUGCGACCGCAACGUCUACACCAGCGGCCUCUGUCUUCUCCUCGACCCACAACUGGAGCCCCGGCAGGUCCUGGCGCCCGGAUACCAAGGGUGCUUGCCGGGGAUGGUGGACUUGGUCUUCCUCUUCGACGGCUCCAACAGCAUGAGCUCCGAGCAGUUCGGAGCCAUCCGGGACUUCAUGGUGGACGUGAUGGAGAAGUUGGAGAACACUUCCAUCCACUUCGGGGCGGUGCAGUUCUCGGCGGAGGUGCAGCUCCAGUUCACGCUGGCCGAUUACGAGGCUCGGCCCCGGCCCCGCGAGCUCUUCGCGGGCCUGAACCAGCUCCGCAGCCUCACCGACACCUUCGCCGCCAUCGCCUACGUCGCGAAAACCAUCUUCACCCCCGAGAUGGGGGCGCGGGCGGGGGCCAAGCGGGUGAUGAUCAUCAUCACCGACGGCGACGCCACCGACGAGGACGAGGGCAGCAUCAGGGAGGCGGAAGAGCGUGACAUCAUCCGUUACAUCAUCGGGGUGGGCAACAACUUCGACAGCCCCGACACCCGCCUCUACCUCAGCCAAUUCGCCUCCCGCCCCAGCUCCGAGUUCGUCAAAGUCCUGGACAGCUUCGAGAAGCUGCGGGGCCUCUUCCGCGAGCUGCAAGCCAAGAUCUACGACAUCGAAGGCACCAGCGACUUGAACCGGUUCCACCUGGAGCUGUGCUCCAGCGGGAUGAGCGUGGAGGCGGUCCAGGGCCGGUGGGUGACGGGAGCGGUGGGGGCCGACAACUGGGCCGGCGGAUUGGUGGAGCUGGAGGAGGCGAAGCAGAACGAGACGUUCGUGGCCAGCCCGUCGCUGGAGGAGAACGUGACGGACGCGUACCUGGGCUACGCGGUGGCCGGGCUACGCGUCCCCAACCGGGUGCUGGUGGCAGCGGGUGCCCCCCGUCACCGUCACGUCGGUAGCGUGGUCCUUUUCGAGGUCCCAGAAGCCACCGGGAGCUGGCGGGUGCUGCAGACCCUCCCCGGCGAGCAGGUGGGCUCGUACUUCGGGGCCACCCUCUGCGCCCUGGAUCAGGGCGGGGUGACGGUGGCCUUGCUGGUGGGUGCCCCCAACCACUUUGACGGGCGGCGCGGAGGACGGGUGCACCUCUACCGGUGGCAGAAGGACGCUCUGGAGGUGACCGAGGAGCUUUGGGGCGCCCCGGGUCACCCCCUGGGCCGUUUCGGAGCGUCCGUGGUGACGUUGGGCGACCUGGACGGCGACGACAUUCCCGAGGUGGCCGUCGGCGCCCCGAUGGAGGACGAGGAGCGAGGGGUCGUCUACGUCUUCUCCGGCCGGCCGGGGGGGGUGGAGCCUCGUUACAGCCAGCGUUUGGAGGGCCGGGCGGCGGCGGCGGGGCUGCGGUUCUUCGGGCAGGCGCUGGACGGAGCCAUGGACCUCACCGGGGACGGGCUGGUCGACCUGGCCGUGGGCGCGGAAGGGCACGUGGUGGUCCUCAGGUCACAACCGGUGGUGACGGUCACGCCCCAAGUGACCUUUGACCCCCCCGAAAUCCCCACCAGUGGGGUCGACUGUUCCGGCGUCACCGGCAUCGGCGUCACCGUCCGCCUCUGCUUCGACGCCCGCCUCGUCACCCCCGCCUACGCAGGACACCUGGAGACCCCCCUGGACUUCCGCUUGGAGGUCGAUCCGCAGCGAGCUCGGGGACGCGGGGACUUCGGGGCGGGGCGCCGGGGGUGGGGCGAGCGGCUGUCCGUCACGGAGGGGCGGAGCUGCGUGGAGGAGGAGCUAAAGAUCCCGCCCUGCCUCGAGGACUUUGUCACCCCCAUCCGUAUCUCCGUCACCGUCUCCCUGCCCCACGGCGACCCCCAAGGCGCCCUCCUGCCCCCCAACAACCCCCCAACCUGGACCGAGAUCCCCUUCGAGAAGAACUGUGGGGCAGACGAGGUGUGCGAGGCCAACUUGGGGGUCACGGCGUUACCGGGGGGGCCGGCGGUUUUGGGGGUCCCCGGCGCCGAAUUCGGGGUUCGAUUGGUUGUGGGGAACGACGGCGAAGACGCUUAUGGGGCAGCCCUACAACUCCAGCACCCCGUGGGGCUCUCCUUACGACGGGCGAGGGCCACCCAGGCCGCCGCCCCGGUGUCCAUCGCCUGCUGGGACCCCGACGUUUCCGUGGGGCAGCCGUGGGGCCUGACCUGUAACAUCAGCCGCCCCAUCCUACGGGCCGGCUGGCAGGUGACGGUGGAGCUGACGUUCGACAUCCUCCAAAACACCUCCUGGAACGAAUCCGUGCGGCUGACGGCCACCGCCGGCAGCGACAACGAGCCCCCCGCCACGCUGGAGGACAACGCGGCCGCCUGGGUCGUCCCCGUUCGCUUCGCCCUGGGUCUGGUCGCCACGUGGCAAGAGGACUCCACCCCCUACCUCAACUUCACCUCCCGCCGCCCCGAAAAUAAGAACCUGCAGCAUCGCUAUAGGCUGGAGACCAUCUUGCCUCCGCCCCACGGCAGCCCCCCCCCGAUGGUGACGGCCUUCGUCCUCCUGCCCCACACGCUGCCCCACGGCGUGACGGUGGCCGACCCCCAAGUGCGAAUGGAGUCGGGCAGCGCCUGCGUCGCCGUGGGGCAGGAGGAGGAAGACGCCGUGGGGCAGGAGCUGCAGAGGAACAUCGCUGAGACUUGCUCCACCCCCCAGCUCCUCCUCUUCCGCUGCCCCACGGCGCAACUGCCCCGCAGCUCCGCCCUCCUCCUCACCGCCACCCUCCUGGCCCCGCCCACCAUCCAGAGCCCCGCCCGCCCCCGCUUUUGCUCCGCCCUCUGGGUCGUCAUCACCCCGCCCCGUUUCGAGGUCGCCGCCCAAUUUCUCCACGCUCAGGGGGUCACGGAGGUGGAGCUGGUCCGCGAGGUCGACGCCCUCCCCAUCUACGUGGGGGGAGGGGUGGGGGGGCUCCUCCUCCUCCUCCUCAUCAUCUUUGGCCUCUUUAAGUGCGGAUUUUUCAAGAGGAAUUACCGGGAGCGGCUCGAUCAGGAGGGGGAGGGGCAGGGGGAGAGGAUGGGGGAGGGGGAGGGGGAGGGGGGAAGGGGAGGGGCCGG